AUGCGCAUGCUGUCUGCCCAGCGGGUCUUCCAGACCGGCAGUGGCCAGAUUUACCGUAUGCUGACAGUUGCUCUUUUGCUAGGAAGCAAGUUUCUGGAUGACAAUACCUUCCAGAACAAGUCUUGGGCAGAAGUGAGCAACAUCCCUGUGUCCGAGCUAAACAAGAUGGAGUUGGAGUGGCUCUUCGCCUUCGACUGGAAGAUUCACGACCGCAUCUACGACCAGCAGGAUGGUUUUGCCUCGUGGCGCCGACACUGGGAGACUUGGCGGACCAAGGCCAAUGUCCGGGCUCAGCAAGAGUCUCGCCAGACUCUGAAGCCCCUCGACACUAACCUCGUUCGACACCAGGCCGUCUCUAAGCCUCUCAUGUCCCCCGAAGGCCCUAUUCCACCCCAAUACCAGCGCAGUUCUCAAGUCGAGAGCUCCUGGCUCAACCCCACUGCCUCUGAGUACUCUCCUCCGUCCGCUCCCAACAGCGGUCCUAACACGCCGGACUAUUACCCGGUUGGUUCUUGGGCAUACUCGAAUCCUCCGCCGCCCUACUCCCGAGCCUGGAUUCCACCUCCUCAAUACUUGGCUCCCUCCGUGUCCCGCUCGCAGCCUCCGUCUUACCACCACACUCCGGCGUACAGUCUCCCAUUCGCUCAGAGUGCUUGGACUGGUCACGGCUCAUCGUGUGGCUGCAUGUACUGUGCCAAGCAUAUGGAGCAUUACAUGUGCAACAGCGCCUUCCCGGCACUGCAGCCUAUCGUUGCAGGCUGA